UUUGAAGAAUUCUCUCUGAGAAUUUCUCCACUUCUCAGAAAUUCCUAAAUCUCUCUUCAUUCUACGAUUUCCCCGUUGAAAUUCCCCAAAAAUAUCGAAGAAUUCUCUAUUGUAUAGUUCUACUGAGAAAAUGGCUCCCACACCUUCAUCAAAAUCGAGUCUUUCGACACCGUCAUCGAAAGCAAACACACCCCACCACCACUCCAAAACCCCUCAUUCAAAGCAUCGCCUCAAUUUCGCCAAGGAAGCGGCGUCGGAGCAUCCAGUGGAGGUCAUAGGGCGAAUCCGCGACCACCCCGAUCUCAAAACCAAGCUCAAUGCCAACCCUUCCGCCCUUCAAAUCGCCGGAGACGGCAAAUCGGUGAGAGUCAAGACCGAAAUUGGGUACCGCGACUUCACUCUCGACGGAGCCUCGAUGUCGGAGGAGGACGAUCUCGAGGGCUUCUACAAGAAGUUCGUGGAGUCUAGGAUCAACGGCGUGAAAUUGGGCCAGAAAUGCACGAUCAUGAUGUAUGGCCCGACCGGGUCGGGCAAGAGCCACACGAUGUUCGGGUGCUUGAAGCAGCCCGGGAUCGUGUACAAUUCGCUGCAGGGGAUUUUGGGUGGGGAGGAUGAGGAGGAAGAGGAGAAAUUAGGGUUGAGGACUUUUGUUCAAGUGACUGUGUUGGAGAUUUAUAAUGAAGAAAUUUAUGAUCUUUUGUCUCAAGCUACUAAUGGUGGAGGCUUUAAUCUUGGGUGGUCCAAGGGUGGCUCUGCUUCUAAGGUGAAGCUGGAAGUGAUGGGGAAGAAGGCGAAGAAUGCAACUUUUAUUUCAGGCAAUGAGGCUGGGAAGAUACUGAGAGAGAUUCAGAAAGUGGAGAAGAGAAGAAUAGUAAAGAGCACUCUUUGCAAUGAGAGAAGUUCUAGGAGCCACUGCAUGAUAAUUGUUGAUGUUCCGACUGUUGGAGGACGCCUCAUGCUUGUAGAUAUGGCUGGCUCGGAGAAUAUAGAGCAAGCCGGUCAAACCGGAUUGGAAGCAAAGAUGCAGACAGCAAAGAUCAACCAAGGCAACAUAGCACUGAAGAGAGUGGUUGAAUCGAUUGCAAAUGGCGACUCUCAUGUUCCCUUUCGUGAUAGCAAGUUAACCAUGCUUCUUCAGGAUUCGUUUGAGGAUGAUAAGUCCAAGAUUUUGAUGAUACUAUGUGCCAGCCCGGAUCCAAGGGAGUUGCAUAAAACGGUUGCAACCUUAGAAUAUGGGGCGAAGGCAAAGUGCAUAGUUCGAGGCCCCCAUACGCCUGUGAAGGGAGCUGAAGAUUUUUCAUCUGCUGUUAUUAUGGAGUCGAGGUUAGCUGCUCUGGACCAGUUCAUCUGCAAGCUACAGAUUGAGAACAAAACACAGGAAAAAGAGCGAAACCUAGCCCAAAAGGAGCUCAUCAGGAAAGAAGAAGAAGUCUCUUUGCUAAAGACAGCGCUUGCUUUGGCAGAACAAAGAGGAGUUGAAGCAAGUGAAGAGGAGAUCAAUUCGAAAGUAAAUGAACGUACACAGAAGCUUAAGAGUGAGUUCGAGAGGAAGAUACGAGAAUGUGAGAACAUGGCCAACGAACUUGUUGAAAUGGAGAGGCGAAAGAUGGAAGAAAAGAUUCUCCAACAGCAGCAGGAAGUUGAGAUGCUGCGCCAGCGUCUGGAGGAGAUUGAAUGCGAACUUCGUCUCUCAAAGGGUGGGAGCUCGUCGGUGGAUAUGGAAGGUGGAACCUUCAUGAAGAAACUUUUGCAUUCCUGCAAUGACGAUUCGGACAUGGUUAAGUCCAUGGAUUUGGCCAAUUCACUCGACUUGGAAACGAAAGUGAUUUACAACGGAGAUGUAAAUGGCCUUGCUAGUGCUGUUUCAGGCUACUCGUACCUUAGCGAAGGGAUUUACAGUUUCCCAAACAACAGAUGCUUGACCACUGUGUACGAGGAAGAAGAAUGCGAGGAUGAGGAUGACGAUAAGAGCAGUCAUUGUGAAGACGAAGUGCAGAAGGAGGUGAUUGAGGAGAAACAGAUGAUAGUGACACCAGAUGUUGCUACCCGGGAUCAAGGGAAGUCUCGUUUCGGUGAUGCAUCAGAGCACGGGGGACUCAGAUUGUAUGACGACUCUGAAAACACUGAGGAAGCAGCUGCCUCUCGCCAGCUGAGGAUUAAAAAUAUUUUCACUCUGUGUGGAAAUUAUAGAGAACUUUCACAGCAUGGUAACACUCCUACGCCAGCUAGAAAGGCAUCAGAUAGCAAUGAUUCGUAUGAUACAUCAAUAGCCAUGAUCAAUGAAAUCUCCCCACUCGAGAAGAGCAUCUCAAAAGAUCUUAUGUUGUCGAAUAUACUUGCCGUGGGAGAGGAGGAUCUUGGGAAAUUGGAGGACCACCACGUUGAAGUAUACGUGAAGUGGGAGGCAUCAAAGGAGAAUCCCGGGAAGCUCAUCACCACAAUGAAGGUUUUGAAAGACUCGACUCUUGCUGACUUGAGGAAGUUGAUUGAAAAGCAUCUUGGUGGAGACCAACAACAGUCUUUCACGUUUCUUGCUCUUGAGGAUCCUUCUGGUGCCCCUGUGGCAAAGGAUAAGGAGGCGACUACACGGACGAGCAAGCUCCCUCUUUGCAAGAACCAGCUACGCGGCCACUUGGCUUGUUUACGCCCAGUGAAGGCAGUUCAGUGUCCUGCUCGUCAGCCCUUUAGCCCGCUGGAAAACAAGGUGGCUACAACUGCGAUACCACCACAUCUCACAAAGAGGGUUUAUGAAUGUUUUUUACCAGAUUCCACAUCUCCACACCAUUCAUUACUGUAGUUCUACUAUAUGCUGUUGUGUAUUCAUAUGUUGUAAGCCUAGACCGCGCAAUGAGCUGCACGAAUGGGUAUGUAUGCGCAGUUUAUGUACUCCUGGUGCAUCAAGUUGACUAUGGCUACUAAAGCAUGUUUUCUUCUUCUGCA